UACACGAAUCGAAAGCAGCGUGCUUUACUGAGAUUGUUAUUGAAGUCCCGCGUGGUGCUUGUCACAAUACAAGCCAUCGAUUGUUCCAAACCACACCUUGAAAUCUGCCAGCUUACACUGCAAAUCACAGUUCGGCAAACGCAACAAGUCAACUGCGAUAGCAACGAGCGAAAGGGCUAGUUGACUUUAUCGAUCUCGUAUUGUCUACCACUCAGUAUCCAACAAUCGAUAAGAUGAGUUCUAUUGGUGGAACAUCCCGGAAGACUUUCCGGCUGCUCUCCUUUGCACUCGUGGUGACACUGGUGUUUUUGUUUCUAGAGGGAGAAGCUUCUAGCGCGGUUGACUCGAAAAGAAACAACGAUGGCAUCAAUGUCCCUCGCUUUGAAGUUUACGAUUUGCCAGCCAUUCAAUGGGCAUGUGAACCAUUUUUGGAGGCACACGAACGGUUCCAUCUCAACCCCAUGAAGGAAAAGACGAGAGACCUUUGCCUAAAACUCCGCGGAGGAAAACUCGGAGAUGCGGCCAACGACGUUGUUGUUUUGGAAGAAAGCACCGAAGGUGCCGCAGAAAACACCAACAGGAGCAUGGAUGUGAGCAGUAUCACCGUUCUGGAAGACGAAGAGAACGAGGUAGAAGUGGAUGACGUCGAAGAAGACUUAUCGUCGCCAUCUUCUCCCACUACGGGUGAACUUCCUAUGAAUGGCAGCCGUCCAAAACCAACAACGAUCGAGAACGAACAUUUGGACUCAGCGGACGACGAACAUCCGGUUCCCUCUCAAGAAUCGAUUUCCGAGCCUAGUGCCUCGCCCACCGAUUACACGUUCUCGGUCUUUCAAAAAGGCGAUGGACACGAAACCGAUCCUGAUGGGAUUCCCACCCGGUAUCUGAACAUGCAGGGAGGCCGCCGUGAUUUGGCCAAGACGGCUCUCAUGAAUACCGUAAAGUGGCGAGAAGAGAACGACGUGGACACGAUUUUGGCCCGACCGCAUCCCAAAUACGAUGUCUCGAAGGCAGUCUUUCCGCACUAUUUCUGCGGACGCGAUGAUACCCAGCACGUUAUUCUUUUGCAGAGACCGGGUCUUAUGAACGUCAAACUGGCCCAUAAGAACGGUUUGACGGGGGAGGAAUUGCUCUUUCACUACAUUUAUGUUAUGGAAUACCUGUGGAGAAUCAUCGACCCAGAACCCGAUGCAACCAUGACUUCUAUCAUUGAUCUGACGGAACUGAACAUGUCGAUAUUGCGAAAGAGAGAACAGCUCCGGAUCGGUUCCCUCUUUUUGUCUACCAUGGACGCACACUUUCCGCAACGGUCCCACCGGACCUUCCUUAUCAACGCGCCGAGGUGGUUCGGGGCGCUCUACAAAAUCGCGUCCCCGCUCUUGCGGGAAAGCACGAAGGAAAAGAUCAUGAUCCUAAGCCAGGGGAAGGAGCAGGACGCCGUCUUGCGGGAUUUGCUGCGAGACUGCCCGAUUCCGGACGGGGAGAAACUGGAAAACGUUCCCGCUGGCAUCAUGGAAGAAGAGUUGCGCAAUUUUGUAAGUAUAAAUUUGGUGUGUUCAACAACAGCGAGAAGGACGCAUGCCGGAGGGUUUGCAUCAGCAGGUUUUGAGCACGUGCAGAUGCACGCUUGCAAGGUUCAAGACUCACGUUGUUUUUGUUUCCCUCGCCUCGUUUUCUGUCUUGUUGCCAAUCCUCCUUCCAAAACAGUGCAUGGCGCGAUUAGAGGAAGCCGGGGCAGAGAUGCAGGUAGUCGAAGAAGUUUAGAUUUGGCUAGCAGUUGCGUACUUGCAUACCCGCAUUAUGGAAUAAAACCAAAAUAGCUAUAUAGUCUACACGCCGUACAACUCGCAUGUACAGAAAUACUUCGCCGUUCUUGACUAAAUCAAACUUUGUUCCACCGUUUUAGAUAGGGAUUUUGUAUCGUAAAUAUGCGAUGAGAACAAAUCAUAGAUUAGUCU